AUGCACAUAGCAAAUUUCGACCAGGUGUCGAGCCGGCGAUGUCGCUCGACACAGGGCUGGACCUCGUCCUCCAGCGACCGUGGCACCUUUGACAUUACCUGGAGCAGCUUUCUCACAAUCUUCCUCUACGGAUGGACAACGAUCUGCAUCAACGUGCCCAUCACUGGCACCAACUGGGCACAACGGCUGCUGCGCAAAGUCCUCGUCUUUUGUGAAGCGCUGGCAGGCCCCGAAUUCAUCUUCCACACCGCCCUGAGCCAGUACCUGGCGGCCAAAAACUCAGUACAACGUUUCAAGGACUCUGGUUACGAGGGUUGGACCACCCGAAUCUUCCUUUUUACUUUAUAA